GAAGACGAAGCGGAAGUUUACGAUAUACUUUUAGAAUAUAGGAGUAAGAAGUCAUACAAGUAGAUUAGCUGGUCUGUUGUGAGCACAGCGGGUAAAUGCAGAGUGUGUCUUUCAGAGAAAGCGGAAAUGUCUCACGUUAAGGAGUAUCUGGACAAAGUGACGCGUGUUUAUGAACGCUACACCGAGUAUGUGAGGAGAAACCCAGCUGCCACCGCGCAGCUGGAGAGUACCGUGCGGACUCUCUCCUACCUGCUCGCAGGGAGAUUUACAGAUUCCCAUGAAAUAUCUGAACUAGUGUACUCUGCCUCCAAUCUCCUGGUGCUAUUCAAUGACCACAUUCUGCGCAAAGGGCUGAGAUGUACCUUCCCUGUGUCCAUCUCUCAACAGAGGCUCCUGACGUGGCUGUCUGUGCUGGAGUAUGUGGAGGUCUUCCUGGAGAUGGGGGCCUGUAAGCUGUGGGGUGAAGUUGGACGAUGGCUUGUCAUUGGACUUAUUCAGAUUUUUAAGGCAGUUUUUCGGAUUGUGCUUCUUCUGUGGUACAAAUCUGGCAUCCAGACUUCACCUCCCAUAAUCCCCCUUGACAGAGGUGGAGACUUUGCUGGUGAAGAUGAAAGUAACACAGAGCAGCAGGAAGACACCUGCUUUGUGGGCCAGAGGUCAGGACGAGUCAUUAGGCCGCUCGGCAGUGCUCCCUCGCUGCAGACCCGGCUCUGGGGAGCACCGAGUCACAAAAAGCAAAGGAGCAGCUUAAAGGAAACACUCAACAGCCAACCAACACCUCUGGGGCUCCAAGAGACAAUUGCCGAGUCUGUGUACAUCGGACGACCCCUGGCACACCGUAUCCUUACCGUCCUCUCUCUGUGUUGCCAUACCUCUGCUUGUCCUGUUUCUUCUAGCUUCGCUGUGCUCAGCGACAUCAAAUUUCAAAAUCGAUGGGAGAGGGCCGAGAUGAGGAGGAGAGCCUUUCUGUUGUUCUACUACCUUCUGCGUUCCCCCUUCUAUGACAAAUACUCUGAGGAAAAGAUUCUGUUCCUGCUCAGACUUUUGGCUGAUCAUGUUCCAGGAGUUGGGCUUGUGGCACGUCCCUUGAUGGAUUAUCUCCCCACCUGGCAGAAGAUCUACUUCUACAACUGGGGCUAAAACCUGCACUCGGAUCUUUGACGUUUGCUAAUCAGCUGGAGAAACUGCACAAAGGAACCAUCAGUUGCCAGGAUGGAACAGAGACACAGACUCUUGCAAUAAUUCCUCAGAAAUCAGAGAAAAUGAUUGGGAAUGACUGGCCUGCAGUGAGGGACAAAAAUGAAAUCAUUACAGUCAUUAUAAUUAAAAUCCCAGCACUCAGCAAGUUUUUUGGCACACAAAAUCUGUCCUAAAUCUUUGCAGUGUAGACACACUAUGAGCCUGAUUUAUAGCAGAAUCUCUCUGUGAACUCCGUCCAUCAUUGCACUGCUUUAUCUGUCAAUAACAGAUGAUUUAUUUCAGCAGCUCGCUGCAGAGGAAGGUGACCCAUGUAAAUACAGUGAGCCUACACGUUAUACAGGUUAAAGCAAACCAUGUCUUCAUAAUACAUGAAAUCAAAGAUGUGUAAUCUGUGGCCCACAUUCAUUUGCUAACAGUCUGCAUGCACAAAUAUCAUUUGUUACUAUUGUUCUUGCCUUUAUAAUUUAUAGAUUUCCAAAUGCUCAAAAUUACAGUUAAAUAACCGACUGACAGGUUAGUCUGAGGUUAGCUGCACUUUUUCCUGUUUCUUGUGGUCUUUUUUAUUUUUUUCAAAUCAACAUUAAAAUCCCAAAUCUAAAUUAUUCCAGCUUUUUUUUUACCUUUUAGAUUUAAAAACAAACACUGAAGAAACACUUUGGAAGAAAACCACAGACGAUAAAUUCAGCAGCGAAAAGAAAGUCAACCCUGUUGUAAUGAGGUGAAAUGUGGAUGAUUAAUUACAUGGACAGAUAUCAGUUGAACAGUGAUGAAAUUUGAUUAUUUAUAACAUUUGAAUCAAACUGUGAUUAAUAGUAACAGUCAGCUAACAAACACGUACGCUAAGGAUGAGCUGAAGCAACAGUAGUUUAAAAACAAUUAUAAGGCUUAGAGCUUGUAAUACAACAGCAUAAACCUUGCAUUGAACAACAGACGUCUGUUCUGGUCUUCAGAUUUUCCACAAACACAAUGGAGGGGCUUCAUAUUGAAAGAUAUCCACAGUAUAGUAAUUAUGUUCCCACCAAACAAUAACCUCCAGGGCUGGAAGAUGGGAGCUAAAUCACUUGUACCAGAACCAGUUCAGUUUAAUUCAGGUUUAUUUAUAUAGCACCAACUCACCUGAGUGUUUGAUACUGAAGCACCUACAAUGUUAGAAAGUUCAAUCACACAGCUCCCUGUGAGGAAGGAAGUACUCAGUUUUAACUGGAAGACACCAAACGCAGAACCAGGCUGUCCGGUCCAAACUGCAUGUUUACAGCCUGCUGCAGAGUUUGAGUUGCCGGACUGAAAUAGCUCAAAGACUGACUUCAGUUUCUUUGCAUUAAAAUCUGUGGGGCGUCCCCACUUUUUUCCCCACUUUUGGAUCAUUUAAAAAGUCUGCUUUUAUAUACAAAUGUGUGAAUGUUGCACAGAGUAAAAUCUAGUGCGACAGCAACCACAGGUUUGGGUGUUUGUGAGAAAGUUGACAUCAGUGAAAACAAAGAGGUUUUUGAUCUUUAUUAACUGUUUCUUUUUGUAACCUACAAAUAAAUAGUUUUGAAUGU